AUGACUCAAAUUUGUGUUGCGGCCAGCAAACCCAUUGUGAUAGAGGAUUCUGUGUGUUACACCCCCGACGAUUUGUUGGUGCCUAAGCAGUACCAUAAGUAUAUCGAAAAGAUCCUCAUCCCCAAUGGGCUUCUUAUGGAUAGAAUUGAAAAGAUGGCGUGCGACAUCCGCACCACCUAUAGGAACCAGGAGCUUCACUGCCUCUGUUUGCUGAAGGGCUCACGGAGCUUCUUUUCCGCCUUGUUCCAGCACUUGACCAAACUCAGCCUUUAUGAUGAGGCAGCAACCUGCCCACCCUUUUUCGAGCACUACUUGCGGGUGAGCUCCUGUGCGGGGACGCAGAGUACCAACAAGCUGAAGGUAUUGAGUGACGAUUUGUCUUGCCUGAAGGGUAAGGAUGUGCUGAUCGUCGAGGACAUCAUUGACACCGGGCUGACCCUCACAGAGUUGCAAAAGUACUUGCAACAGUUCGAGCCAAAGAGCGUGAAGAUUGCAACCCUUACACUGAAGAGGACCACUCGCUCAAACGGACAGAGUGCCGAUUUUAUCGGGUUUUCGCUCCCCGACAAAUGGGUCAUCGGAUUCAGCUUCGAUUGCGAUCAGAUGUUUAGGGAUAUCCCUCAUGUUUGUACGCUUAGUGAAAAUGGAAAGAAGCUGCUGGGGGUCUAG